AUUUUAGAGAGAGAGGAAUUUAUUCGACAGAGGAAAGAGAACAACCUUAACAAGCAAGUGUGAGAAAAAAACGCUAAGACUAAUUAACGUUAACGAUGUUUUUCUUUUUUGCAGGAGGGUUAGAACAACAAGUCCGACAGGUGGUGAAAUCCGGUGUAGGAAAGUGCAUCAACUGCGGUUCACGCGCUGAUCUUGUUGAAUACGACAAAGUUCUGAAGCUUUUCUUCGUUCCCGUUUGGCGGUGGCCCGGGAAGGACAAUCUCUUGUAUUGCCAAGACUGCAAGUUUUUGUUUCCUCAAUCUUAUUCUCUUCCUCCGCCGUCGAACGGUGGUUCAACUUUUUCGGAUGCCUUGAAAUGUCGGUACUGUGAUCGGAAAGUGGGGGCUGAUUUUGCGUUUUGUCCUUACUGUGGUACCCAACUGUAAACAAAGAAAGGGUCAUAAGAGUGUUUGAUUGGGGUUUGUUUGUUGAAUUGAUUUAGAAAAGAGGGUGCUACAUCGUGUAUUGUUAUGUACAAAAUUAAUAAUCAUGUUAAUUUUGAUCCUGUUAAUAUGAAAUGAACUCGUAAUAUGUUUGAAUGUU